AUGUCUUACGGCCCUCCGCAAGGUCAACCUCCGUGGGGAGGAGGUCACCCUCCCCAAGGCCAGGGAUAUGGCUCACCUUACCCUCCACAAGGCCCGCCACAACAUGGCGGCUAUCCGCCCGCGCAAGGAGGAUAUCCUCCUCACCAAGGCGGCUACGGUGCCCCUCCUCAACAAUUCGGCGGCCCUCCACCUCCCGGUGGUUAUGGCCCUCCCCCAGGACCUCCUCCGGGUCAGCAGCACAUGGGCGGUCCUCCGCCACAGCACGGCGGCUAUCCUCCUCCGGCCGGCGGAUUUCCACCCCAACAGUACGGACCACCUCCCAUGCCUUCACCGGGCUAUGACCCUCGAGCGCAAGCGCACGGCGACGCCUCCGCAGACGCAGAUGCGCUCCGAGCGGCGAUGAAAGGGUUCGGCACGGAUGAAAAGGCAUUGAUUCGAAUCCUCGCGAAACCCGAUCCGCUACAGAUGGCACUGUUAAGAAACACAUACAACCAGCGGCAUCGGCGCGAUCUAGAAAAAGACAUCAAAUCCGAAACGUCAAAAUACUUCCGCGACGGGCUUGUGGCGCUGGUGCGAGGGCCUCUUAUGAGUGAUGUCCACGACGUCCACGACGCGAUUAAAGGGUUGGGAACGAAAGAGUCGACGCUCAACGACGUUCUUCUCGGCCGCUCAAACGCCGACAUGCGCGCCAUCAAACAGGCGUAUCACCAGACAUUCCACCGUACCCUCGAGGCGGACGUCAAGGGCGACUUGUCGCUCAAGACAGAACAGCUGUUCAGCAUGGUCAUGGCUGCGACGAGGAACGAGGAGUCCGCGCCCGUCAUCCCCACCGACCUCGACCGCGACUGUGCGGAUCUGCAUCGCGCCAUGGACGCCCGCAUCGGCACCGACCAGAUCACCGUGUGCAGCAUCCUGGCCAACCGGAGCGACGGGCAGAUCCGCGCCAUCAACCACCACUGGCAGCAGAAAUACCACAGCAGUCUGGAGAAAGUCAUCGAAUCCGAGUUCUCGGGCCACAUGAAGGACGCGCUGCUCUUGAUGGUCCGCCGCGCUUCGGACCGGAUCAUGUCCGACGCCGUGCAGUUGGAGGAUGCCAUGGCCGGGUUCGGCACCAAGGAUACCUUGCUCGUGCAGCGCGUGGUGCGCGUUCAUUGGGACAGGGCCCAUCUAGACCAGGUCAAGCGUGCAUACACGCACCGGUUCAAGAAGGACUUGAUCCAGCGCGUCAAGGGGGAGAUUCAUACGGAUAAGUACUACGAGGCAUUGAUGGUCGCUUGCUUGUCUUGA